AUGGAACCGGAGUCAAAGGUUCUGGUUGAAUUGUUCGAUCCCGCCUCUAUGCCAUGGAAGCGAUGGUUACAAAGGUUCGACGGUGCCAUGACCAUACAUAAAAUUACGGGUGAAGAUAAAGUGCCUUAUAUUCUGCACCACUUGGGGGUUGCAAAUUACGCCAAAUUGUGCGAUUUCUGCGAUGAUGUAGAUCUCUACAAGCUAAAGUAUACAGAUUUGAUCGCUUAUUUGGCAUCCUUGUUCGAAGAUAAAGUCGUCGAGAUUGCAGAAGCCUAUAAAUUCCACUGCAGGAAGCAAGGCCAAGGUGAAUCCGUUAAAGAUUAUGUGACAGCACUCAAAAAGUUGUCACAGACAUGUGGAUUCGGGAGUUUUUUACAAACGGCGAUUCGAAAUCAGUUUGUUUACGGGUUAAAUAACCCGGCGAUUCGUCAACGUCUACUGGAAACGGAAACGCUGACCUUGGAAAAAGCGUUAAACGUCGCGUCGGCAAUGGAAUUGUCGAAAAAGGAAAACGAAGGCUUGAGUGGGUACGACGAGAGUAUACAAUUCGUUGCUACAUCAGGAAGAAGAAGAGGUUCGCAGUUCAACGACCGAGAUAAGUCUAGAAAUUCAAAUUUUAGAAGAGGCGGUAAGCAGUUUGGCGGUAAGAAGGGUAAUGAAAGUUUUUGUUUUCGUUGCGGCUCCCCGGAUCAUAUCGCAAAUAAGUGUUCGUUGGACAAAAACGUAAAGUGCCGAGCAUGUGGUGUCCUUGGACACAUACAGAAAGUAUGUUUCAAAACUAAAUCGCCUCACGUUGGAUUAUUAGAUUCCGAAUAUAAUAACAAACAGUCGGGCUCGGAAAGCGACGAAAGUGAGCCGUUAAAUGUUAUCGAGGUGUUUGGUAUCGAACACCCAGAAAUGCGAGAUAAAAUUACGGUAAAGUUAAAUGUAAACGGUCACGACGUUAUGUUCGAUCAUGAUACAGGCGCGGGAUUUACGCUUAUGAAUGUUGAUCAGGCAAAAGCGAUUUUCAAACACGGAGUCAUUUACGCGACAAAAUUGACUGCUAUUUCAUACUGUCAUACACCGAUACAAGUUCAAGGUUUUAUGAUUGUUAAAGUAAAGUACAGAGAUUCAAUUUACAAAUUAAACUUAUAUGUUACAAAUUUAGUACGGCCCCCGUUGCUUGGCCGCGAAUGGAUGCGAAUAAUGCGGAUGUUCCCGUUCGACGGUACAAAUGAAGUGUGCAAUAGCGUGAUGGAAAAAGAGUCAAACAUUGAUAAAAAGACAGAGAUUGAAAAGCUUUUUCAGAAAUAUCCAAAUUUGCUUAAAGAGGACAUGAGUCCUAUUCAUGAAUUUAAAGCCACGUUGGUUUUGAAAGAAAAUGCUACGCCGGUUUUUAUAAAAGCAAGACGCGUUCCUUUUAGAUUAAUUCCCUUAGUCGAAACAGAGCUCGAUAAUUUAGAAAAAAAGGAUAUAAUUGAGAAAGUUAACACAUCUAAAUUUGCCACGCCAAUCGUGCCAGUUCUAAAAAAAAAUAAUACGGUACGUAUUUGCGGUGAUUUCAGCAUAACCAUAAACCCGCAGUUAAUUGUCGAUGAAUACCAUUUACCGACUACGGAUGAACUAUUGGCAGAUAUGGCUGGCUGUAAAAUUUUUGCUAAAGUUGAUUUAUCUCAGGCUUAUUUACAAUUGUGUUUGGAUGAAAAGAGCUCUGAAAUCGUCGUAUUAAAUACGCAUCGCGGUUUGUACAAAUGUAAACGACUGUGGUAUGGUUUAGCGCCCGCAGUUGCUAUUUGGCAACGUUUUAUGGAAAGCAUUUUAGCGGGGAUUAAAGGAGUCUCUGUCUUUAUCGAUGACAUUAAGAUGGGUGCGAGAAAUUGGGCUCAAGUAGAUAAGGAAGCUUAUGCGAUUGUCUGGGCUGUUAAGCGUUUGUACCAAUACGUAUAUGGCAGAAAAUUCGAAUUGAUAACAGAUAAUAGAGCCAUUCAGCAAAUUUUUUCACCGGAUAAAAGUUUGCCUGUGUUCAGUGCGAUGCGUAUGCAGCACUAUGCAAUUUUUUUGCGGGGUUUUACGUAUACCAUUAGAUUUAAGAAAUCGGAACAUAACGCUAAUGCGGAUUGCCUGUCACGUUUGCCGGUACCGGGCAGCGUAGAGAGUGUUGAUGCACUGAGUGUGUUCUACAUUAACUUGGUGUCCACCAUACCAGUUACUUUUGAGGAAAUUAAAAAAGAAAUUGAUUCUAAGCAAGAUGCUGACAUUUGUAAAGUCAUUAAUUUGAUCAAACAAGGGAAAAAGUUAGAAUCAAAAGACACUUGGAAUUGUAACCCUUUGGAAUUUAAUUUGGAAUUUGGAAUACUGUUAAGGGGACACCAAGUUGUAAUUCCACGCAAACUUAGAAAAAGUAUGUUAGAUCAAUUACAUGUCGGUCAUUUUGGUAUUGUCAAGAUGAAAAAUCUGGCUCGCGGGUACUGUUGGUGGCCAAAUAUCAGUUUAGAUAUCGAGCAUAAGGCACGAAAUUGUUACGAGUGCAAUUUACAUAGCAGGAAUCCACCUGCGAAUAAACUGCAUAUUUGGGAACCAGCCAGUGUUCCUUUCGAAAGAGUACAUUGUGAUUUUGCGGGGCCUUUUCUUGGGAAAAUGUUUUUUCUAUAUGUAGAUGCUUUUUCUAAGUGGCCGGAAGUACAUGUGGUAAAAAACAUAAAGACUGAAACAAUUAUUUUAAAAUGUCGUGAAAUAUUUGCUAUUUUUGGACUACCUAAAAAUAUUGUGUCGGACAAUGGUCCGACGUUUAAAGCUACAGAAUUUCAUGAAUUUUUACACAGUCACGGCAUUUUGCAUCGAUUUUCUGCCCCUUACAAUCCUCAAACAAACGGGCAGGUAGAAAUUUAUGUGAAUACGAUUAAACAAUCUCUUAAGAAAAUGUGCGAAAAAGUCUCAGAUGUGCAAGAAGCAUUAUUACAAGUGUUAACGCAGUAUCGUAUCACACCUCAGGUUACAACGGGCAAAGCUCCUUCUGAGCUAUUAUUUGGUACGAAACCGAGGUGCACUUUAGAUCUUUUAAAACCUGUACAAAUAAAACAAACGAUAGUGGAACAUAAUAAUCAAAUUCCGGUAAGAAAAUUCAAACUGAAUGAUCGAGUCGCUUGUCGUAAUUAUGCAAAUACACAAAAAUGGUUUUUUGGUAGAAUAUUAAAAAUUUUGGGAAAAUGCCAUUAUUUGAUUAAGUUAGAUGAUACCAGAAUUUGGAAAAGACACGUAAAUCAACUUAGAAAAAUUGGAGAAGGCAUUGAAAAUAGAAGUACGCCCGAUUAUGAUUAUUAUGUUCCACCUGAAGAGCAAAUGGUUUUUUAUGAGACUGUACAAAAUGAUGAUGUAUCUAACGCAGAGAUCGCGAAUGAAAGCGCGAAUGCUUCGGCGGGUGAAUUGGAUGAAACCCCUCCGGUUGGCCCAUCGGUCACGGAAAUAGAUAAUCCUGUUGUAGAAAGGCCUAUUUUAAUACCUAGGCGAAAGCGAAAGCGACAGCCAAAAUUUCCGGGAAAGUAUGAUGAAUUUAUUUGCGAUAUACCACCUAAAAGAAGUAAGAGUCAAUAA